UUGUUCCCUAGUACUUGGAAGACUGUCUCUGGCAAUUUAGGAGUAUUUGCAACAUCAUAUGAUUUUGAAGAGCGCUCGUUGCUAUCAUUUAUUCUUGAAUCAACUAAUGUUGGGAAAGGAGUGGGGGUAGAUAUUCCUGAGCUCAAGAAUACGUGCAGAUGUGACAAUGAGAGUGGCAUAAUUAGAAGUCACAAAAGUGGAGAACGAAAGAAGGCUCAGUUACCUGCAAAGAGGAGUAAUAAUUGGAACGUCGACACAAUAAAAGCCGGGCAGAGGAAAGCUUGGCUGUACAUCGGACGACUGUCCGGUUAA